CUGCAAGUGAAGGCGGCGGAAUUCAAAUACGCUCACCCCUGCAUACCAAACUCACUGAAGCGUAUCGGCCACCUGCAUUUAAAAAUUCUAUCCAACGACUUAAAAAUGUUUCCUAGGCCACAACCAUUGAUACCAGGCGAUAACCAGACAAAAUUCAUCCAAGACAGACUGACUGAUUCAGAGAGGCAGUUGGGGGAUCUUUGUCAGUCUUUAGGAAGCUACACUAAAUGCUAUGCGCGUGUCCGCAAUCAAACUGACGAGGUGGUUCACAAUAUAGUGAAGAAUGCAGAGAGUGAAGAAAUUUGCAAAAGCAGUAGUGCUGCGUUCAUAGAAUUCGCAAAUUCGUUUUCCUCGAUCGCCGACUCUAGAGAAAUAUUUGUGAAAAGACUGGAAACACAAAUUUUGGAACCAUUUUCCGCCAUUGGAGCGCAAAGCAGGGAAGUGAGGGAAAGCAUUAAAUCUUCACUCUCGGCAAAGGAAAAAGAAAUCUUAAGAAAGAGAGGCGUGGAGAAAACAAGACAGAGAAAUCCAAGAAACAGGCAAAAGAUCCUGAUGGCAGAAACAGAAUUAGCACGGGCCAGUGCUGAUGUUUCAAGGACUCUGAGAUCUCUUGAGGAACAAAUGUACUCAUUUGAAGCACUUAAAAUGAGCGUAACCACCAAGGCUUUGAAAAAUCUAAUCGUGGCAGAGAUGGCUCUUCACGCACAGGAAAUGGAGCUGUUGACCAAAGCAUAUGAUGAUUUGCAGGCUAUGGAUCAGGAGCAGGACUUGGAGGAAUUCAGGAAAGCUCUUCGGGAACCUUCAGCAUUUAAGGAGAAAAAAUCCAACUUCCGUUCGAUAGCCAAUCUUUUCAUGGGUUCUGGCAAAUCAAGUUUGGAAAAAAGCUCCAAAAAGAGUUUGUCAAAAUCUCUGGGAGAUAUCUCCAGCCCGUCAAGCGCUCUGGAUAAGAAGAGCUCAUCAAGAAAAAGUUUGCCUGGCGAAUCGAAAGUGCAGAAAUUAACUAUUUCUGAUGACGAAGAUGAUGACGAAUCAACUGAGAAUACUGCUUCAACCGACGAGGAAGACCAAGAAGCUGAAAUACCGAAGGCUAUUAAACAGAAGAGGAAAUUUUCCAAAAUGUAUAUGAACUGACCUGACCAAAAUAAAACACAGGAUUAUUCAAUUUGACAAAUAUUUUAUACUGAUAGAAA